AUGAGUACACCAGGUAUUCCCGUUAAAUUAUUGAAUGAGGCACAUGGUCAUACUGUCUCUCUUGAAUUGACUUCAGGUGAAACUUAUAGAGGAAAGUUAGUAGAAAGUGAGGACAAUAUGAACUGCCAGUUAACAGACGUCACCCUCACAGCUCGCAAUGGGAAGGUAACGCAUAUGGAUCACAUUUUCAUUAGAGGUUCGCAUGUUAAAUUCUUUGUCGUUCCUGAUAUGUUUAAAAGCGCGCCACUUUUUAGAACAGGGCCUGUACAUAAGCCGCCACCACCAAUACGGGGGCCAAAGAGGAGGUAG